UCCGCGUUACACCGUAUAGUGGAUAACUGUUGUCCUGUCAUAGCUGCAUUACAAAACAUGUAGAACAAGUUUUGGUAUAGCCAAAGGCGUGGCUUUAUGCUAUAUAAAUAGAAGUAAUAAGGGGGGUAUUCAGUUCUAGCGAGAUUUUUCUGGAGUCACCUUCUACUUUUCAACAUGGACGAAAGAAUGGAGAAUAUGAUACAGGAUAAAGUUCAGCAGGCAUUUACGAUGCAUAAAACAGAUAUGUUGUCGGAGAUGGAAUCCAUGUUCAAUAAGAUAAGUGAAAAUUCUAACAGUUCUCAGUUAAAUAAAAUAUCUGGUAUUGUGAAGUCGUCAGUUGGACAAAAAUUUAAGAGAAAAAGCAAUGAGGAACAAUUUAAAAUUAAUGAAAGUAUUUCAUUAAAGUUAGAUGAAGCAUCUGAAUCCAACAAUUUGCAAGAGGCACGCUCAAAAAUCGCGGAAGCGAAGACCAUGAUAACACACAGACAAAAGCUGAUAAGAUUGGCCGAUUCGUCCGAGCUAGGAUGGAAACUCGUAAAUGAAUAUGAGUCAAACCCUCUAGCCAGUGAUUCGGACGACGAAAAGCGUAUAUACAAAGCAGAGGCACGGGCCAACCGUAAAGCUAGAGCGGAAAAGGUUAAGAGACGAUCCCAGUUUAGGACAGCACCUUAUCGUAGGAUCGAGCCUAGCAGAAUUGAUCAAAGCCCACGACAGCAAAACCAAAGUCAGCAAAAUUCAAGACGUUUGCCAGGGUUAUGUUUUGCUUGCGGAAAACCAGGUCAUUGGAAGGGAUCACAAGAAUGCCCAAUGACCAAUACUAACAAUAAGAUAAGUACUUAUUUUUGCAAUAAGAUUUGUAAGCAAAGUUCGGAAAACUUUUCAGGUGUCACCAAAGGUUUAGAGCAAGAAACAAAAGGUGAGAAUCUAUCGAAAAAUAAGUUUGAUAAUAAGUCAGAAGACUUUCAGAAUUCCGGAAAUGAAAGAGAUCAAAAACAGGUAAAAUCACCAGUAGGUAGGCUGAAAGAAUGUUUUACCGAAUGGGAAAGCGCAACUAGCAGUCUUUUUAUCAAAAUAUUGUAAAAGAAGGUUACAGACUACCUUUUAAAGAAAUACCUAGCAGCGUCGUGUUAAAGAAUAAUAAAUCGGCUAGAGAGAAUCCAGAAUUUGUUCAUACAGAAAUUAAGAGUUUAUUACAGAAAGGUGUCAUAUCAAAAACAGAAAAUCUUCCACAUGUAGUAAAUCCUCUAACUGUAGCAUAUGGUAAAUCUGGAAAACCAAGGUUGGUUCUAGAUUGCAGACAUAUUAAUCCGCAUUUGCACUUGUUUAAAGUCAAGUUUGAAGAUGUUAAUGUGGCUAAAGACAUUUUUGAAAAUAGUUCUUUCUUAUUUACAUAUGAUCUAAAAGGUGCAUACCAUCAUAUUGAUAUUUUUGAAGAACAUAGAACAUAUUUAGGAUUUUCAUUCGAAAACACAUUUUAUGUAUUCAAUUCCUUGCCAUUUGGAAUUCGAACAGCAGGCCAUAUAUUUACGAAGCUUUUGAAAGUAGUUGUAACAGUAUUACGUGAAAAAGGUCACCGAGUUGUAAUGUUUUUAGAUGACGGUAUAGGUGGAAAUAGAGAUUAUGAGACCGCAGUUAGGUCAAGCAGAUGUGUUCAAAACACAAUAAAGUCAUUUGGUUUUCUUUUCGCAGACGAAAAAUGUCAAUGGCAACCGACACGGAAUGUCGUAUGGCUAGGUCAUGUAAUUGAUAUGAAUAAAAAUUUGUUAUUCAUAACGGAAGAACGAAUAAGGAUUUUAGAAAUAAAGAUAAAAUCACUUGUUUUGCAAAUACGAUUGGAUAAAUGCGGAAUAGUACCUGUCAGAUUUUUAGCUUCAGUAGCAGGCCAAAUAAUCUCUAUGCAAAGUGUAAUCGGUAAUAAAGUGAGAUUAUAUACAAGAGAGUUGUUUAAGUGUAUAAACGCAAGAGCUAGCUGGAAUGCACCGGUAAGGGUAUCAGAACAAGCAGUAGGAGAACUGCUGUAUUGGAAAGAGAAAGCACGAUCACUUAAUGAAAAAGGGAAAGAUUUAAAGUAUUUCCCUAAGAGUGAUUUUGUAUUAUACGUGGAUGCGAGUGCCACGGGGUACGGAAGUUUUCUAGAACAAGAUAACCUUAGUUCAUAUGCCUGUUUUGUUAAUGACAAUACAUGUUUCCCGGAAGCGGAAUCGGAAGGUAAGUGUAACAGUGUAAAUGUUACAAUCAAGAAAACAUUAGCUUUCCCGGAAGAGAAAGUAUGUGUCCCACCGGAAGUGGAGAGAGAAAUGAUACGUAUGUCCCCGGAAGUGGACUCAGUAAGGAAAAAUAGUUUCCCUGAAGUGGAAUUAGAAGGUAAGUGUAACAGUGAAAAUGUUACAAUCAAGGAAAUAUUAGCUUUCCCGGAAGAGAAAGUCUGUGUUCCACCGGAAGUGGAUAGAAAAAUAAUACGCAUGUUCCCGGAAGCGGACAUAGUAAAGAAAAAUAGUUGUCCGGAAGCACACACAGUAAAGAAGGUAGAUUCGAUUAACAAAAAAUGUUUAAAAUUUCCAUGUAGGGAGAUAAUAGGAGAUUGGUCGCUUGAAGAACAAAAUAAAAGUUCUACGUGGAGAGAGUCUGAAGCUGUAUAUAGAUCAAUGAGAACAUUUGCAAGUACCUUGAAAAAUUCACAUGUUACGGUAUAUUCAGACAACAAAAAUGUAAAAUCAGUUUUGUUAAAUGGUAGUAGAAAAGCAAACAUUCAAUCAAUUUCAAUUGAUUUCAAUAAUAUUUGUCAAAGAGAAAAUAUAAAAGUAAAUCAAGAAUGGAUUCCCCGAGAAAGCAAUACUAGAGCUGAUUUUUUAAGUCGGUGUACAGAUAGUGAUGGUUGGGAAAUAUGUGAUGAUAUUUUCCACACUUUUGACCUAAAAUGGGGAAGAUACACCAUAGAUAGGUUUGCUUCUAACCUGAAUAAUAAAUGCAAGAGAUUCAAUUCGAGAUGGUGGGUACCAGGCACAGAAGCAGUUGAUGCUUUAUCGCAGAACUGGUCACAUGACAUAAACUGGAUAGUUCCGCCACCAAGAUUGGUUAUGAAAUGUUUAGUAAAAACUCUCGAAGAGAAAGCUAAUUGCACAUAUAUACUACCAAAAUGGACAAGUGCGCAAUAUUGGCCAUUAUUGAUAGACAACAGAGGAAAUUUUAAAUGUUUUAUUAAACAAUAUAUAAACCUGAGCAGGUCACAUGUUGUAAAAAUGGGGAAUGAAAAUCACGGAUUGUUUUCACGUUCUCCAUUAGCAUUUGAUAUGAUUGCCUUAAAUAUUGAUGUAUAAGGAAAAAGUAAAUUUAUGUGAAGUAACCAAAUAACAUCUAGUUUACAUGUAAAAGAUAUAGACUGUAAUCAUUCAUACAGUAUUAUUUUCAACAGGUGUUGGCUUAAAGAACGUUCUUAAGCGGAAGUGCGAGGAUGCUGGGAUUUCUUCAGACGCUCACGAUUCUACUCUUAACAAGAUGUCAAGUUAUUUACUGCAAUCUAGAGCGGACAGUACAGUUACAAAAUAUAAAAACUCAUACAAUCAGUUCCAGCGUUAUUGUCAGGAAAACGACUUUAUUUCCAUGCCAGCCGAAUCUAUAUGUGUAGCGAUGUAUCUGACUCACCUACUUGACACGGAAAAUCAGACAAUGUAGUUACAGCAGCAUUAUAUGGUAUAAAGUGGGCGCACAAUUUAAAUGACUGUAAUGACCCUACAGAAAGUAAACUAGUGAAAACUUUACAUGACACUGCAAAACGAAUUGCUUCAAAGCCAGUUAACAAGAAGGAUAUAGUUAGCAGCGAAAUGUUACAAACUUUAUGUAAAAUUUUUGCUGAAAGUUCAGAUGUUGUAGAUGUAAGAGAUCUUGGUAUGAUAAUGUUAGGUUAUUCAGGGUUUUUAAGGUUUAAUGAAAUCAGUAAUUUACACUGCAAUGAUAUAGAAUUCAAAACAGAUCACUUAGUCUUAAAAAUAAGAAAAAGUAAAACGGAUAUAUAUAGACAAGGAAAGGAAGUCUUGAUUUCAAAAGGUUCAUCAGUAGCUUGUCCGUAUUCACUUUUAAAAAGGUACAUGCUUAUCUCGGGUUUAGAAAAUAAUACAGAGGAUUUUUUGUU